GCGGGAACACGUAACUUCUGUUUCAGUGUUUGUAUGGGUACUUGCUGUAGUGGUUAGUCGCCUUGGUCGGAAUCGUCAUCUUGCGUUUGCAUGGGACGUGGGUAGUUAAUGUAACGCUCGUUAAAUCUAUGCUGUAGAAAUAUCAACAUGAAUGUUGAAGAUGAAUAUAACAAACAGUUUCUGAACCAAUAUCAGACUCUGCAUUUCUCUGAUAAACUUGGAAGUGGCACACCAAGUGAGAAAGCGGACAUUUAUCGCUGCCUGAUGGGACAGCUCCAUCUGAUUCACCGACAUGGAAGACUUUCAAGUGAUAGUUUUGAGCUUCUUAGAAAAGAUUGCUGGAAAUCCUAUGCAGGCAUUGUAGAUGUUCAUAACACUGAGAAAGGUUUGAACAACUAUGCAGAAGGGGCCUUGUCAAUCUGUAGCAAGUAUCGAAAUGAAAGCCAGAAAUGGAAGAGUUCUCUGUCAAUGGAGAAAGUGAAACAGACAGAAUGUUACAAGAAGUGUCUGGCCAAUGUCAAGGCUAGGAAAGAGCAAUUAUUCCCUGAAAACAGGCAGGCAGAGAUCUUAUUGAAAUCCACUGACCCGGAUACUGCCCCAAGGCACCAGGGAGGUUUUUCUGGUUCAGGAUCCAAUGGACAUCUUACCAAUGUUCUGCAUAACAGUCGUGAUACGAUGGAUAGUUUGGGAGGACAGCGUUCUAACACAUCGAGGGAACCAGGGAUGACGGGAGUUCACAGUCAGACCAAUGAAUGCAUCAAUCAAGCACACACCAAGCAUGACAGGUUUGGCAACAAUUUGGUUCAAGCUAUGGGUGCCAGAAAUCAGUCGGCUGAAGACGGUGUAAAAAUAUUUGGAAGCGGUGCCAAGCAGUUUGGUAACAGAAGACCCCUGUUUGGAAAUGGAGGGAAAAUGUAUGGAGAGAGAGAAAAUGGCUCAGCUUUUGGAAGACAAUUUGGCCAGGAAAAGCCAUUUCAAAACAUUCAUUCGAAAGAAGAAAAGAAUUUCUUAAAGCGGCCUUUUACGGAUGAUGAAGAUGGGAGAUCUGGCACUACAGGACGACAGGAUGCACCAAAUUUUUCUGGUCCCUUUAGAACAGCAAAAGAACAAUUGAAUAUUGACAAUCAGAGAAAGUUUGGAAGAGGUCGAGGACAAGUGUCCACAGCAUCGUACGGAGCCACCAAAAGGUCACUAGGAACAAGAAGAGGUCCUAGCAGUAAAUUUGUUCCCCCAGUGAUGAACAGAGAAGAAAAUGAAGAGAAUGAAGACGUUGGAAUGAAAGCCAUCACUAGAUCGGUACUGGGUAAAACUGGGGAAAGUAGCAAAGAGGUGACAGAUGAACGACUGAAAGGAAUAGACCCCAAAAUGGUGGAACUCAUCAUGAAUGAGAUCAUGGAUCAUGGACCUCGACUGUCUUGGGAUGAUAUAGCAGGUUUAGAGUUUGCCAAGAAAACCAUUAAAGAAAUCGUGGUGUGGCCAAUGCUGAGGCCUGAUAUUUUUACAGGAUUGCGAGGUCCCCCCAAGGGUUUGUUGUUGUUUGGACCACCGGGCACUGGGAAAACUCUGAUAGGUAAAUGUAUUGCGAGCCAGUCUAAAUCCACCUUCUUCAGCAUCAGUGCCUCCUCACUGACAUCUAAAUGGGUGGGAGAGGGGGAGAAGAUGGUGAGAGCGAUGUUUGUAGUGGCCCGCUGUCACCAGCCAGCAGUGGUGUUUAUUGAUGAGAUCGACUCUCUGCUGUCCCAGAGAUCUGACGGGGAACACGAAGCUUCGCGUAGAAUCAAGACGGAGUUCCUGAUACAGCUGGAUGGAGCUGCCACAUUAUCUGAUGAGAGAAUUCUGGUCAUUGGAGCCACCAACAGACCUCAGGAGGUAGACGAAGCUGCCAGACGGAGAUUUGUAAAAAGACUGUACAUACCCCUUCCUGAAGGAGAAGCUCGCAAACAAAUUGUCCUGAAUCUUUUGUCUCAGCAGCAGUAUCAGCUGACACCGGCCGAGAUCGACUCCAUCCAACAGCAGUCUGAAGGUUACUCUGGAUCAGACAUGUCAUACCUUUGUAAAGAAGCCGCCCUGGGGCCCAUCAGAUCUAUGCCGUUUGGGGACAUCGAAAACAUUACUGCUGAUCAGGUUCGACCAAUAUUGUAUGAAGAUUUCGCGGCAGCCUUCCAUCAGGUUCGAGCCAGCGUGUCGGACAAGGAUUUAGACCAGUAUUUAGAGUGGGACAGGAUGUUCGGAAGUGCUAGUAAUAGCUGGGAUGUGACACAACUCUUUAUUAACCAUGGCCUUCAGAGCUGGGAUGUGACACAACUCUUUAUUAACCAUGGCCUUCAGAGCUGGAGUGUGACACAACUCUUUGUUAACCACGGCCUUCAGAGCUGGGAUGUGACACAACUCUUUGUUAACCAUGGCCUUCAGAGCUGGGAUGUGACACAACUCUUUGUUAACCAUGGCCUUCAGAGCUGGGAUAGCUGGGAUGUGACACAACUCUUUGUUAACCAUGGCCUUCAGAGCUGGGGUGUGACACAACUCUUUGUUAACCAUGGCCUUCAGAGCUGGGAUGUGACACAACUCUUUGUUAACCAUGGCCUUCAGAGCUGGGAUGUGACACAACUCUUUAUUAACCAUGGCCUUCAGAGCUGGGGUGUGACACAACUCUUUGUUAACCACGGCCUUCAGAGCUGGGAUGUGACACAACUCUUUGUUAACCAUGGCCUUCAGAGCUGGGGUGUGACACAACUCUUUGUUAACCAUGGCCUUCAGAGCUGGGGUGUGACACAACUCUUUGUUAACCAUGGCCUUCAGAGCUGGGAUGUGACACAACUCUUUAUUGACCAUGGCCUUCAGAGCUGGGGUGUGACACAACUCUUUGUUAACCACGGCCUUCAGAGCUGGGAUGUGACACAACUCUUUGUUAACCAUGGCCUUCAGAGCUGGAGUGUGACACAACUCUUUGUUAACCAUGGCCUUCAGAGCUGGGAUGAGCUCCCGGGGGGCCGGGUCCCCACCAGGGCAAAACCUAGACCCCCUGGGGGCCUCAAGGCAGACCCCAGACCCCCUGCCACAUCAACUUGGGGCCCUCCUCCCAACCACAAUUCCUGGAUCUGCCCGAUUGUAAAUAUGGCUUUACUUAAAAUUUUCCAGAAUAGGAAAAGCGGUAGAGGUUCUGGGCUUUUCAGCAAAUAUUCAGAGAGGGGAAAAGAGUUAUUGAGUACUAACCAUAUCUCUGUCACAAAAGAAGUUCUUCAGAAAGAAUGGAAGCCACCCGCCUUUGAUUCAUCCCAGAUACGACUGCUAAUAUACAGUGAAGUGGAUGGAAAUCGUGUGAUCUUGUUUGACUCCAAUGCUGUUGUCAAGAGGGAAGAGAAGCAGCCAAGGUGUUCGAGAAGUACAAAAUGUUCUCGAAAGGAAAAUUCAUCGAACACAGGGUCCACUACAGCAGGCGAAAAUAACUCUCAGCAGUAUCGACCAAAAUAUCAGCUGACAAAGCCAUGCUCGGAUUUCAAGACUUUGGAGGAGGUGGUGUUCGGUAGUGUCGGAAUGGCUCAGAAAGGGGCCUCACUAAAAGUUCAUUUCCUGUGGUCUCAAAUGUUGCUGACAAAAGUCUUCCUUCCCACAAAUCCCAAACAAGAACCCACCAACAGUGACCUUGACUUUGAUCAGAGUUAUCACAGUCAGGGAGACCAGACCAGCCCCAAACUAAUCUAUCAGCCAGAUAAACCUCCCAGUGUGGCUCAGAGUAUCCCAGUAGAUGUGCCGUCGCCACGGGAAAGAAAAGCAACAUUUGACAUCUAUGACAGAGACAGCGGCUUGCCUUCAUUGACAUCUAGUGGUAGUUUCCACACUCCAUUUCCGUCACCCAGCAGCAACGCGAGCAGCUACAGCAGCCUCCAUCGGAGGUGGAUGAGGAACGUUGCAACAUCCAUUGAAGGUUGCAUCAAGAAACGCAACUCCUUGGACAACCUUGUCGCACAAGAUACAAGCCUUGGUCCUCAGCCACGGUGUCGGAGAAGAAAAAGUAAGCUAGCCCUGGGCAUUGUGUUUGGCAGUGACAAGAAACAGAAUGAAGAAUACAACUUGUUAUUCCAGAAUUUUUUCUUCUCUCAUAUUACACUGAUCGAAGGUCACCUUGAAAGGUUAAAAAUGGAGGUAGAGAGAGCAUACAGUAUGAAGCAGAAGUUUGUGGAUAUAGUCAUGGAGGCAUUGGAUGUUUUCCGUAGUGACAUCAUGAAUUUGUACACCACGCCACGAUUGAGCGAGCCUGUGUGGCUAAGUAUGAUGUCACACCCCAGCUAUCGAUACCAGAUCUGUGAGAACUUCAUGCGAGAACUAGUCACGCUCCUCAACAAGUUUGACAGCAAGAACAAUGAGUUCUUCAUGAGUACACUAGUCACUGCCGUGUUGACUCAUCAUCUAGCUUGGGUUCCCACGGUUACCCCGGCAGGGGGAACUCCGUCCAAGACCUACCUCCACAAUCACUCUGCUAAAUGGGUGGAUACAUUAGCAAAGACCCAUCCCUAUAAUCCACUCUGGGCUCAGCUAGGGGACAUAUACGGUGCUAUUGGUUACCCACUGAAGUUGGCUAGGACAAUUAUUGUGGGAAAGAAAGCUGAUCUUGUUAAAAAAAUUCUUUAUGUACUCAGCUACUUCAUUCGCUGUAGUGACGUCCAUGAGAGCAGCGACCAUCGGACGCUGGAGUCAUUUUUAGAUGACAUUCGCGCAGAAUCUCCUGACGAGGAUAAAACCCCUUUACAUGAGGGCUUUAAGUUUCCAUUGGUGCCUGGGUUCCAAAAUAGCAAUACUGUGAUAUUUGAUAAUAAUCCAACUAAUGUUCAGAACAAUAAUCCACAUAAUGUUCAGAACGAUAAUCCCUAUUAUGUUCAGGAUGAUAAUCCCCAUAAUGUUCAGGACAAUAAUCCCCAUAAUGUUCAGAACGAUAAUCCCCAUAAUGUUCAGAAUGCAGGGAAAAUAUACAGUGAUGUUGAAAGGAAUGAUCUGAAAUUAGACUUGUGUGUCUCCCGGAAUGAAAGUGAUGCGAAUCGAAACAGUUGUGAGACUGAGCUCUCAAUCAAUCAGGACGAAGGCUACUGCUCCAUUGUACAGUCUAUCGAGAGUGAGGGAGUCAGAUAUAGGUUAUCAACUGACUCUGUUGUUGAAAAUGUUCCCGUAGAAAACGUAACAAAUGUUAAUAGAGCUGCCAAACCCAGGACUAGUGAUUUAAACGAGAAGCAUGUCAAACCUUCCAAGCCCAGUGUUUUGUCUUCAAAUCCGUCAUGUAACAAUUGUGGUGUGAAUGAGGAGAAAAAGCCCUCAAGGGACGAGAUACAGCAGCAGUUUUUAUCAGACAGAAGCCCAAGUAUCUUUAACGAGUACUUUGAGGAUGACAGUAUUCAAACAAAAACAAUUGAUGAUGUGCCGGUAGAGAAGCGAGUUGUGCAACAUCCUGCUGCUUUACGUGAUCUCGUUACAUCCCAGUCAUUAGAAUGUUUGACAGAAUGCCCCGAUAAUGCAGGAACGCAUCAGAAGCGAUUAGGAUCGGUGGGACAGAUGGCCAGGCCUAAGUUGCCCCCCCUGUCCAGACAAAUGAGCUCUGACUUCUCUAAACCCUCCACCUACAAUCCAGUACGAUGCAGGUCUGUCACACCAACAGAAUUAAAUAGGCGGCGCCACCUGUCUUCAACUAGCAGUUUUGAUUUUGAUCACAUGGAUCCUCUUGCUCAUUUUAAAGAAAUUGCAAUGCCAAACAUUGUCAGUGAGAAGAGUAGUAGCAUUGAAAUGUUCGACAGGAACUUUGGACGCUCGCUCUUCGCAGAGUAUUCUGAUCACUACUUAUCAGACUUUGUCCUGCACGGAACGUCGGACACCAACUUCAAGGAGAAGUUGAUUAGUGAUCUCCACAUGGCAACACAGCAUUCAGCUUUAGAUGAGCCAAUCACAGAGGCUGUUUUCAUUGUGGCUGACACCGAUAAAUGGACAGUGGAUAUCACCAGCAGUAGAUCGUCAGACCAGCCCCCCAAAGUCAGUCGUGUCGUGGCUUCACAGCUCGUGUGCAAUAUGAUGGAUGCAGUCCAACAGCUACACAAACUCAAAAUGAGCUCAGAAUUUUGCUUAAUGCACCUAGAAGACAGGCUCCAGGAAAUCUACUUUAAAAGCAUCAUGUUGUCUGAGUAUUUGAGAGAAAGCAAAAAUCCAGGACCUUGUGACAUCAAAGAAUUAACCACAUUGCUUGGGUUUGAUACCGGAGAUUUGCCAUUGUUGGUUGCCAUUGCUGGGACUCACUCUCCCAAUCUGUCACUAGGAGUGGCAUAAUCUAAGGGGCCCAGCCAAAAACCUCCUUACAUAUCAGGCAGCAUUUGUGAUAGAUCAGCUCAGAUUCAGCAGGGUCCUACUGCAACUUUAGGACCUGAUAUUUUUUAAUUUCUACGCGUUUAAUGGCAUAUAUAUUUUUUAAAUUUCUGUGUGCUUAAUGACACAGAUAUCAUGAUGAAUUGGAAUAACACAAAUCAAUCAGAAAUAUUUUGCUCUUAAUUUAGGGUACACACAUGUAGGAAGGAUUGUUGUUUUAUUUGCUAAGUAAAUUUACCUCACAUUUUCUCGUACGCUUUAUUUAAUCAUCCCUACUUGUGAACAGAAAUUGUGCAGUUUUGAAGGCUAACAAUGUAUCUAUGUCUAUUUAUGCUCCAUCAGUUGAUCUGGACUUCGUUAUACUUUGUAAAGCUUAAAGCUGAGCAUUGCCAGUAUUAUAUUGUCAUGAAUUAUUUAUGAAUAAAAUGAAUAGAAAUGUGA